AUGGGUUCUGCACUCUCCGCCGUCUUCCUUGUGCUCCUGCUCGCUCUGGGCGCGCCACCAACUCUAUCGCAACAGCCGUCCGUUCCAGUCCUUUCCCCGGCUCCAGCUCCCAGCUCCGCCACUGCCCCUUCGCCCGCGCCCACACUCGCGCCCACUCCCUCUGCCGCGCCCACUCCCUCUGCCGCGCCCAGUUCCUCGGUCUCCCCUGCUUCAGCGCCUUCCGUCGCCCCCACGCCUGCCCCCUCCUCCUCUCCGGGUCCUGCUCCUGUCCCUGCUGCUGCCCCCAGCCCCUCUGGUCUCGCCCCUGCCCCAGCGCCAGCAUCCGAGCCUGCUGCCGCGCCAGGAUCGGCCCCAGCCUCUGCUCCUGCCUCCGAACCAAUGAUCGGUUCGGCGCCGACUCCUAGCGCCGCUCCUCCUGGUAGCGCGGACAUCCCUCCGCCUCCUGGCAGUGAGGGGGGCACAACGGCUCCUCCCGCCCCUGUGCGAGCGCCGGGGAGCAACGACACUCCUGGCAGUGCUGGUGCAGGUCAAUACUGUCUGACGAAAGGCACCAUUCUCAUUGCCGCUGUUGUGACUGUGGCAUUCUUGGCGCUCUGA